GAGGUGAAUCUUGCUCCUGAGACCUGGCUCUGCUAACACUUACAGCGAAACCACAAGCCCACACAGAAACUUCCUUUAUAAAACUUUUAGGCGUUGCUAUGGACAUGGCAUGUUACCAGUCACUAUCCAAUUAAAAAUGUUAGCUUGCCAUGUUGUGCAAUUUCCUUCUGCCUUAUGUUUAUUUCGAUGGGUCUUCUCUUUGUGCUGCAUCUUUUAGCAUUAGACACCUAGUUUAAGUUAAAUGCUUAUCUUAACAAGUCUCCUACUCACUUCUGGUAUGUUUUAAACUGCAUUAAGAAAUAUAUAUUAGAGAAUCAAAAAACAACAAUGGAGAAACACAAGUACUUUUCAGUUGGUAAUUAUAGAUCAGUAUUUUUAAGCUUUCAGCUACAGUAACAGACAAGGAAGUAACUUUUUUUGUACUGAUCACUAGAUACCACGGCUUAUAAAAUAGUCCAGGAAACAGUUCAGUGUAGUGACAUGCAGUAAUGCUCAUCUUAACAAGACUGCUACUCAUUUCUGGUGUUUGUGUUGCUGCUGAUCUGACAGUAAAUGGCAGCGUGGGAGGGACAGUGGAGCUGCCUUCAGACCUGGGGAGUCUGAAGGUGGAAGAUUUUCAGAUGCUGAGGUGGAAAUUUAAGAAUAUAGACAUUGCUGAAAAGUUAAGUGGUCAAACAGAAGUAAACCUUCAUGCUCAGUUCAAAAGACGACUGCAGCUGAGCCCUGAUUUCAGUCUAACAGUGAGGGAGCUGAGACUGGAGGACAGUGGGGAGUAUCAGCGUCUAGGAAGGAAGAAAGAUGGUUCACAGAUUUCCACAUAUACAAUCCAGCUGCAGGUUUAUGAGCCCAUAACAUCAGUGUGGAUACAGCCAGAAUACACCUGGGACCCAGAGAACCACAGCUGCGCUGUGCAUUUGGUCUGCAACUCAUCAGGAGGCCUAAGACCCUCUUACACCUGGAGGAUGAGGGAUCAGACAGAGAGCAGCUCCAGGCUGCAUUUCUUUCUUCCACCAGGAGAGGGCAAUGUCACCAUCACCUGCACUGCUGUUAAUGCUGCUAAUCAGAUGUCCAGUAAUCAUACAGUGAGGUGCAUCCCCACAGAAACCCAACCAGACUGGAAGCUGUAUCUGUACACUGCAGUUCCAGCUGGAGUUUCACUGCUGUGUGUUAUCAUCGUGUCACUGGUGUGCCACUUCCGAAGGAGAGCAAAAGCAGCAGACACCAGCCAGGAAGAGAUAACGACGUAUGCUGUGGUGAACAAAGUGGGAAGGAGUCAAAGUACUGGGUUAGAGAAUCCCGUAUCCCUGUAUGAGACUGUGGGUGAUGUGAACAUCCCGGAAAUGACGGUGUACUCCACCGUUCAGAAGCCCAGGCCCCCACAUUCCCCAUACAUUGAAGCUCUGUGAAGGAUCAGCGUGGAUUGUCUGCAAUAUGCACAUUUAAUGCAUCAAUGUCUCAUAGUAGCUGCGACUUGUUAUUAAAUAAAAAUAUAGCUGCAUUUAAAGCCAAAACGUUCUAUAUGCUUUAAGUUAUAAACUCAGUCUUUGGUUUGAUAUAUGGGGAUGUAUCCUGUAACAUUAGAAAAAUGAAAUGCCUGCACCCUAAUAAACUAUCAUCCAAUC